GUACAGGAGACAAUGCAGAAGCAGGCAACACCACAGCAUGCAGCACCGCAGCAUGCAGCACCGCAGCAUGCAGCAAUCCCACAGAAAGAUGUUCAUGCAAGUAAGGCAUCCACUUCCCAUGCGAGCGCCUUCCCUGAGUCAACGCUAGCAACGACAGAUGUGCAAGACUCCCAAGUACUUGCGGUGGUGCCAGAUACCCAGAUGGAUGUUGAAGAGCAGCAGCCUUCUCUCGAGAAUGGCACCCCACCGCCCACCCAACCUCGAAUCAUUGCAAGCACUGAGAACCAAGAAUACUUUCCAGACAACCAGCUUGGACUGUACCCGGACUCACCAGGGUUUACACCCUCCCCUUCCAAGCCUGCUGAAGCAGCUAUCAGCCCUACAGUCAGCCUCGGACCUACUUGGGACGAACGUUACACAAGGGAGUUGCAACCUGAUGGCAGCUACCUCAAAAAGUUGAAGCCUGGCUGUGAGCCACCAACACCUGCAUCAUCACAGUCCUCCACGCCGACGCCCACUGCACCCCCAGCACCAAGCAGUCCUCCAAAACCAGCCGCGCCGCCAAGCACGCCACCAGCCCCUGCCCCUGAACUGACUGCGGCUGAACCGCCUGUCAUUGCACCCACUUUGGCCAGCGUGCCAACACCUUCAGCUUCUGUUCCCGAUCAUGUCCCAGAGUCACUGGUGCAGUCAAUGGCCCAGCUCAAGAUCUCAACACCAGCAAAGCAGCCAACGCAGAAGCAGGCACAUGAUGACAGCAUCAAGUUUGGACCUGUCACGCCAGAUGCAGUUAAAGCCUGGACGGCUAUCUUGAGACGUCAAAGCACUGACUCCAUCCCCGAAGUCGCCAGCCCAGCAGCACCCUCAUCAGCACCUGCUGUAACCUUGCAGCUGAUGAAGAUGGAUGACCGAGAGCUUGCCGCCAAACUGGCAUCUGUCAGGGCCAGUCCACUUUUCCAGGUUUUCCUCCAAGGUGUGGAUGAAAGCAUGCUCAUGGGCGAUCCGCUGAAAAUCUUGCUUGCCUAUGAGCUGUGGCAGCAAUUGGACCCACCACCAAAAGAAGUCUUGGAGCACAAUGCUCAGGACCCCAUGGCGGUUGAUGCCCAGAAGAAAGAGGCAAAAGCAACAUACAUGCGUUACUACCGUGCAGUGCGCAGCCCCAAAUGUCCGGAUGUAAUUGCUGUGAAAUUCAGGGAGGCUUGCCAAGACACCACGGGCCAACUAGCGGCUCAGCUGUUUGCCAGCUACAUAGAAUCUGGGGAAAACUGGCUGAGUUCUAGCAUUUACCUCUCGGAGACCCAGUCGCAUGACCAGACUGAAGGUGGUAGAUGGGCUUGGCUCACCAAGGCCGACUUGAUGUCCAAGUACCAUGGCAACGCAGUUCUCGUGGAGGAGUUGGUGACAACCAAGGCCCAAUCGCUCAAGUUCAGGAUGACAGCAUAUCCCUUUAAGGCUGUCACAAAAGCCAAUGUGAACUUGUUGGAGAUUUCCCAGUGGAACUUCCGCUUGGUAAAGGUUGUUGCUGAUGCUUUCACAAAGCAAAUGGAAGAUGAGGCUGACAAGCUUCGUGUUUCUAAGCAAGCCCUGGAACAGACUUUGGCUUCCGGUGGUGAUUUGACCCAGCCCACGAAGUCCCUGGAGGAUGCCAAUGAACAGUACAGGAAAGCAUCCCAGGCGAUUCGGAAGCAUACCACAGCCCCGAAGGAAAAACCAAAGGCCAAGGCAAAGGCACAG